AUGCCGAAUUCGCAAGCGCCCAAAUCGCCGUCGUCUGGUUCAAACGCAGCUUCAUGCGUUGUGGCUACAAUCUUCUUAAUCUUUGUGAUCAUCAUAGUACUGAUAAUCUUCUUCUCAAUAUUCAAACCUAAGAAUCCUGAAAUCUCUGUUAACGCCGUCCAACUUCCCGUCUUCUCCUUGGUUAACGGCACUGUUACUUUCACUUUCUCUCAGUACGUCUCCGUCAAGAACCCUAAUUUGGAAGUCUUCACUCACUACGACAGUUCUUUUCAGAUCCUAUACGCUGGCGUUCAGGUCGGCGUUCUUUUUGUUCCCGCUGGGAGAAUAGAAGCCGGUCGGAGUCAGCUCUUCACGGCCACCUUUUCCGUCAGGAUCGGGCCGGGUAUGGAGAUUGACUCGAGAUUGGAGAUGUCGGGUCGGGGUCGGGUUAGGCUAUUGCAUUUCUUCUCUCAUCAUGUUGAGGCUAAGUCUGAUGGUAGGAUUGGAAUCUCUGUUAGUGACGUUCUAUAA